GGAAGUCAAGCACGUUGCCUGGCUGGCAGAGCAGGCAAAACUAGAUGGUGGAAGACAACAGUGGAGACCGGUCCUCAUGGCUGUGACGGAAAAAGAUUUGCUGCUAUAUGACUGUAUGCCAUGGACAAGAGAUGCCUGGGCAUCACCGUGUCAUAGCUACCCUCUUGUUGCCACAAGGUUGGUACAUUCUGGCUCCGGAUGUCGGUCGCCCUCACUUGGAUCUGACCUGACGUUUGCUACAAGGACAGGCUCUCGGCAGGGCAUUGAGAUGCAUCUCUUCAGGGUGGAAACACAUCGGGAUCUGUCAACCUGGACCAGGAUACUUGUUCAGGGUUGUCAUGCUGCUGCUGAGCUGAUCAAGGAAGUCUCUCUAGGCUGCACACUGAAUGGCCAGGAGGUGAGACUCACUGUUCACUAUGAAAAUGGGUUCACUAUCUCCAGGGAGAAUGGAAGUUCCGGCAGCAUAUUGUAUCGCUACCCCUUUGAAAAGCUGAAAAUGUCUGCGGAUGACGGCAUUAGAAAUCUGUAUCUGGAUUUUGGUGGUCCUGAGGGAGAACUGACCAUGGAUCUGCACUCUUGUCCGAAGCCAAUUGUAUUUGUGUUGCACACAUUCUUGUCAGCCAAAGUCACUCGCAUGGGUCUUCUUGUAUGAGCACCAAAAAAAUCAGAAAAGAGCCUUGACUGUCAGAAGAAUUAUUUCCACCUCAAAAAAAUAAAUAAAUAAAUAAAAAGGAAUAAAAAGCACAAGAAAGAAAGCUCUUCGCUCUCUCCUCCAGCACAGUGCCUUCCC